AUGGGACUGCUUGGAGAAGCCGAGUUCCUUGAGGCGCUGCGGCGCCUCUACGAGGACAGCAGAAGCAAGAACAGCGGAACUGUGUGGAUUACAUUGAAGAGAACGUUUCCGGAGGUUGGUGGCUCCAGAGGAGCUAAACGGCGGCGCAAACUGCACAGCUGCGAGGAGAAGCCGGAGGCGGUCCCUGUCUGUCUCGUGCGAGCAACAGACGGAAAGAAGAAGAUAUCAGUCCAGGUCGAAGGGGAGAGGGCCUCUGGCUUCAGUAAACAGCUGUUGGGGGUCUCACGCCAGUACACAGACCAAGUGAAGCCGAACUCCCCUGCUGCAGCAAAGGAUAAGCAAGAGAAACAGCAGCAGAAACAGCAGCCAAAACAGCAGCAGAAACAGCAGCGGCAGCAGCCUCAAAAGGAGAAGAAAAGGAAGAACGAACAAAGCAACCGUUCCUUUAAGCGCGAAAUGUAG